AAGUUGCAUGAACGAGUACGACGCAUGAGCACAUCGUGCAAGAUACAGUUUAGUUCUGUCAGAUAUCGUAGAUAGCGCUACAGUCAACGUACCAAUACCGAACACGACAGAUUGUUGUCUCCAGAGCGAUUUAAUAAAAAAUCAGAGACGGAAAACCGAACACGCGAUCGUUGUCGUGCGUGAUCGCGGAUUUUUUCACGACAAAAGAGCGACGAGAGAAUCAAGUCGCGGUGAGGGCACCCAGAAAUCAGGAUACGAGCCUGAACCAUCUUAAGCGCGGUGGGCCGCCGCGCUGGUGGGCCUAGCAGACGACAUGUUGGCUGCAGGGAGCACCUCGUCUCGGAUGUUUUGGCCGCGAAUUUCCUCGGGGAUUAUUGAGUGAGGAUAGUGAUCGAACGCGGUAAUAGCGAGGUGACGAGAGAGCAAAAUUACUCUCGAGGGUGUGCGCGAGAGAGGGCACGCGGUUGGGUUCCCCGAGUGGUGGUUGUGCCGUGGUCGACGACGAGGAGUCUGCGGAGAGGGGUAAAGACUAGCGAGGCGGCGUGGAGGGGGAACCCGGACGAGCCCUCGAAAAAUUGAGGAGUCAAGGAACGAAAAUCGGGAAAGAAAAAAAAGGAAAAUACGAACGGCCGUGUACGCGAGUGAAGCUUUGAAAAGAAGCAGAUCGUCGAAACGAAACAGGGAGAAAAGUCUGAAAGAGCUGGUUGGUCGCGUACGUUAUCUUCCUUAUCUACGGGAGCCGUCGAUUCGUGACUUUCUUCGAUUUACUCGAAUAACGAGGUAGCAGCGCACCGGAGCCGAUCUAUUUUAACUUCUCGUUGUUCCGUAGGAAGGGUAGGGGACCGGGAGGCGAGGCGAGGUCGAGCUGUCGCGUACACGCGUCGAGUCCCUUCCUCCUGAAACGAUUUCGCGUGUGUCUCGUGUUCGCGGGCCAUCACAGGAGGCGCAUCGGACAGUGCACGUCAACCUAUUAUCCCAGUCCCGGUCUCGCUCCCACUCUCGAAUGCUCGUCGUGCCUCGUGCGUACUCCCUCUAUCGAAACCUGCCGCGAGGCACUCGCGGCCGGUUUUGCCAGUGUUAAACGGAAGAUUCGGAAGUGGUUCGCGAGUCAUUCGCAUCGUCGGUGUUUUCCUGUCCCGUCGCGUCGCGUAAACCACCGUUCAACCGUGCUCGAGCUCGCCCACUUUCUUCCUGACGGAUCAAUUUGUUAUCGGGCCAGGUGUCACGACCCGUGAACGUCGGUUCGGCACCGAUUGCCCUCGACACGUCCACGCAAGCCACGUUCUUCAUCGUAUUUCGGUAUUUUCUUUCAGCGUUGGAGCCAUCCAUCGCGUUGGACCACCAGCAGCACCGUCGAUGUGUAGCUAUGGUUUCGCGGGCAGUGCGAGAUAGUGAAAAAGAAGCCGUGAAGUGAACGUGUGUGUGUACAUAAUCGGGGAUCAACAUACGCGUAGUUGGUGCACGAAACGAGGAGAUUGAAAGGAGUACAAAGGGAGGAAAAGAAAGAAGAUAGGAGAGAGGAAGGUCUUAAGGAGAGGCCGAUCGGUGUAACCGAUAGUGGGUGGAAAAGAGAGAGUUUGAUAGAAGGACGAAGCUUUUGGUAGCGAGCGCGGUGCGACGGUGACGGAUAAGUAUCAAGUGACAGACACGAAGGAACGAACACGUAAAGGGAGUGAAUCUCCUUGUAUCGCGGCAGAGGGUGUACUUAUCGAACGUCGCGUUCACGCGAGAUAAACAACACGCGCCGCCGCCGGUAGUGCUCGUAGCGCGAGCCGUUCGCUCGGGAGUAGUGGUGAUAUUUUUCUCUAAACCGAGAACAACAGAGAACAACAGAAGUGGAAGGGAAGAGCGAAGAGGGUGAGCCGCGCGUGUCUCUCUCGUGGUGUGUCAUGGGGUGUUUCGGCAGCCAGAGCAGCAAGGCCAGCCAGGAUGACAGCAAGAACCAGAAGAGGCGCUCGGAUGCCAUCACCAGGCAAUUGCAAAAGGAUAAGCAAGUUUACCGAGCUACUCACAGGCUCUUAUUACUCGGAGCAGGAGAAUCCGGGAAAAGCACGAUCGUCAAACAGAUGAGGAUAUUGCACGUGAAUGGUUUCAGCGAAGCGGAAAAGCGGCAAAAAAUCGAGGACAUUAAGAAGAAUAUCAGAGACGCGAUACUGACGAUCACCAGCGCGAUGAGCACGUUAACGCCACCCGUUGCUUUGGAGGAUCCAGCGAAUCAGAGCAACGUCGAUUAUGUCCUGAAUGUUUCGUCCUCGCCGGACUUCGAUUAUCCCCCGGAAUUCUACGAAAUCGUCGAAACGUUAUGGAAGGAUCGGGGUGUUCAACAGAGCUUCGAGAGGAGUAACGAGUACCAGCUGAUCGACUGCGCCAAAUAUUUUCUAGAUAAAGUAGCCAUUGUUAAGCAACCGGAUUACACCCCCACAGAACAGGACAUUCUCAGGUGUCGAGUGCUCACGUCCGGUAUCUUCGAGACGCGGUUUCAAGUCGACAAAGUAAACUUUCACAUGUUCGACGUCGGUGGUCAACGAGACGAGAGGAGAAAAUGGAUACAAUGUUUUAACGAUGUGACGGCGAUUAUAUUUGUAACAGCGUGUAGUAGUUACAACAUGGUGCUCAGGGAGGAUCCAACGAAACUGAGACUCCGAGAGAGUCUGGAUCUGUUCAAGAGCAUCUGGAACAAUCGGUGGCUCCGCACAAUUUCCGUAAUCUUAUUUUUAAACAAACAGGAUCUAUUGGCGGAAAAGAUAAAAGCAGGCAAGCACAAAUUAGAGGACUAUUUUCCAGAUUUCGAGCGGUACAAGACACCUGUCGAGCAAGGGGUAGUUGCGGAUCCCUCGGAACCGCCUGACGUUAUAAGGGCCAAGUACUUCAUUAGAGACGAAUUCCUUCGUAUAAGCACAGCGAGCGGCGACGGCAAGCACUAUUGUUAUCCGCACUUCACAUGCGCCGUCGACACAGAGAACAUCAAGAGAGUGUUUAACGAUUGUCGGGACAUCAUUCAACGGAUGCACUUGCGUCAGUACGAGCUGUUGUGACUUUGUUCCUGCCGACGUGUCGUCCUGUUCUCGUCUAUUCGUAUGAAGAUCACUAUGGUAUCGCCGCGGCUCGAGCUAACGCGAGUCAUCAAGCUUGUUGUCGUAUGGUGGCCGUUCGAAAUUUUUUAUCGCGAUGUACGACGAUUUUGAGUUGCGUCGGAACUCUUCUUCGCGUGUCUGAGAUUGUUGAGCAUUCGGAGAAAGAACAAGAACAUAACGCGUCGAAGGAUCCUCCGUACGAGAUACACCGUUUUGUGAAUCGAACGACCGCGAUGUCGAUCGUUCUUCUUCGAUGAAGAUUCCAAGGAGAAACGUUGAUACGCAGCGGUUGAGGGUUACCUAAAAGUCUCGUUCCGCGACAGAGGAUAUAUUUUUUCUCGUUUCUUUUCUCCAGUUUCUUUUGCACAGAAUAGCUUAUUAUUAUCGUCAUUGGUGUACAAGCAAAACAACAAUUCCCCUCUUAGCGUUUAACGAUUCUACACACCAAAACGUGCGUCUCGACGAAAGAUAUUUCAAAUCUCUCGGGCAUUUCUCGAUCACUCGACUCCUUUUGUUUUUGUAUUAGGUUUCGACGUACAGUGUGCUGAACGUGGGAAUACAGCAUUCGUUGCUAAUGGAAACACGUGCAAUUUCAAACCAAUUACCUCGUUAAUUUUUAUUCUAAUUACGCAUCAAUUCGUUGAUAAGCAGAGCGUAUGAACGUUCGUUGUCCGACGUCGAUGUGUUCACCAAGUGGAUAUCCACGGCGAUCGUGCGGAAACGGCUCUUUAGUUUCGUCCGGCACACUCGUCGCGUUCAUUGUGUAUCGUUCAGAUUUAGUAAUAAGAAACGUUUCCUAAGACUUAGGUAAUUGUCUCCGAUAAAAAAGUCCUUAUCGUCGAUAACGUUUUCUUUUACUCGUUUCUCGAAUCUCUAUCUUUUUUCCCUCACCCCACCCUCUCACCCCCCCUUUAUCGAACGAUCUUCUUGCAUUAAAAAAAAAAACAAUGAAUUAAUUUUUUCCAACCUUCCGAAUCAAUCUCCACUUUAAAUCGCAUUGGCCCGAUCCGUAGGAGUCUUUCAGCCGCAUCUUUUUACAAGAAGAGUAUUUUGUGAGAUUUUACAGUAUUUCGACGAGCGUUUUAAUUGUAUAACUAUGUAUCAAAUAUGUACAGGGUGACCGUCCAAGGAUUCAUGUUUUUUAUGUACGUUUCCUAUCGAAUAUCGAGAUUCCUCCACCCGAUAUCGUUUCUACUGAUUUCCAUUGAGACUACUUUUAAUUCUCGUGUACUUAGGGCACGUGUUCUCGUCGUAGCUAGUGUCUCUACGUGUUGAAUCCUAAUAACAACAAUCCGCAAGGAAGGAUGUUGACGCCAUGUUUGGAAUCAAAGCAAAAAGAGUUCAUUUUACACUUACACUCUAUUUGACUAGCGGUUAGGCCCCGACAUUUACAAUCGAACUGUCGUCGAUGUAACGUUACAACCAUAACAGAGGUUAUAAUAUGUUGCUUAUUCGUUCGACUAUCAUUACACAAAGUCCUGGAUCACGUUUUCGAGUAGAACACGCUUCAUGGUCCUGAACGUUUAUACGAAUUACUUGUACGAAGUGUUGAAAAAGUGAUAAUCAUUAAUUACAGAAGUGAUUCUCUACCUCGAGUGAUAAAAUUGUCAACUAAGUCAAUCGAUUUAUUUUUUAUUAGGAUUUCACAAAUGAAACGUAAGAUCUUUACAUCUAGUUCCAAAUUGUGUGCAAUUAUAGAUGAACGUAAUAAUGCAGUAAACUUAUAUUAUGCACUUUUUCGAAACGAAGAAACCAUAAUUUAUUAUUAGCGUGUAAUGAAAAUUAAUAAGAAACUUCGAAUGCUAACUUCUUCGGAGGAGAAUCACCUCUGUAAACCUCGACGUUACUUUCUCAAUGACAUUAAGAUCUGAAUUAUUCGAUAAUCGGUUGUCAUCGGUACUCCUUUAGGAUAAAUAUCCUGAACCAACAUGCGAUGUUGCGAAUUUCUUAUCUCACGUAUCUUUACUAUUUGGACACCCUGUAUAUGAUAAGUAUCCUAUUAAUUUUUCUCGAAUCUUAACUGUAUAUCUUUGUUCACGUUUUCUUUUAAUUUCAUACUGGAUCCAGCGGGCGAGAUGUUUCUUAUGCGCGUGUACAAAUUGUUUCGAACAUAUGGUACAUGAAUUAGAAUUCUCAUUAUAUAUUCGCAAACAAAUUAAUACGCGAGAUUAAAGAAAAGGAAAACACAACUGUAACGACAGUCACUGGUGCAGGCAUACCUCUCUCGUAUUCGCUGGAUCGAGUGCCAGUUACCGAUCAGUGUAACGUCUACUUUUAAUUAAUAGAUAACGAGAGUUUAACAUGAAAUUAAACCGAGUAAAAUAAGGAAAUACGAAUUAAGCCACGUUCCGAGAAGGUUUUAUGUAACAUGACGUAAAUAUAUUGGGGCAUCCGGUCUUACUAUCCUUAUUAUCGUCUUGUUCCCAACUCGAGCACGUUCGCUUUUUUUUCUUUUUAUAAUGAAAAUUAUUUAUUUAUUACGCAAUAUGUACAGAAAAGUGUACGUCUAAAACGUCAUCUAUUUUAUUCUUUUUAUAUGUUUUUUCAAAGAUCUGUAUCAAGGUGCCAUACGAUAGAACUCUAUCUAUUUAAAUGUUCGAACUGCAAUGAUCAUAGUUGAAGAAGUUUGACUAUUUAUUUUUAAAGCGUUCGUCUAACUAGAAUGAUCAUAGUCGGCAAUAAGUUCACUCAGCCCCUUGCCCUAUAAUAUAAGGUCACGCCUGUAACAACUUGCAGUGUAAAUAUGGCAAAUCUCGAUCAUAUUUGUGUUAAAGUUAAAUUCUAACUAUAGUUGAAAUUACAAUUUAUCUUAAUUCUUAACUACUAUGGUAAGUAUGCGUCUCGAUAGUCUUACGACUUGCCUAUUACAUACGUUGACAGUAUUUAUUUACAUGAUUCCCGUCAGAAUGUUCUGCUAAGCGUUUCUUCGGUUGUUCAGUGUUCCCAUUUCACCGUAGCAGUUAAGGAUUAACAUUAUAGCGAAUAGAUCUAACAUGAUGUCAUUGCUAAGAAGAUGAUGAGGCAAGGGGUUACAUUAUCCAAGUAUUCGAUAAAAUAUUGUUCGGAUAAAUAGAGUUCUACUUGUACCUCUUUCAUAGUCAUCUUUAAAAGUUAUAUACAGUUAGCAUGGGUCAUUUUGUAUUUCACUUCUUUCAAUGAUGUUCCCAGUCUGAUCGUAAUUAAACAGAUGUGACUAUUGAAACGAUGAGGAUAGAAAUUCCGGACAUUGCAUAACGAUUACUCCGUAAAUGCUAACGAGCCCACAUCUCCCCUUCUCCUGUUCCUUCUCCACGAUCGUAAAUGUACUCUCGUAUAACCGAUAUCAAUGUAUGGGCCCGUUAUGAGCAUACCACACACACACACACAUACACCCACACACACUUAUACACACGCACGCAUAUACACGUUACACGUAUAUACAUAUACACACACAUACACAUAUAUAUGUAUGUAUACCUGUCGUACUAAUAUACAUAACUGACAAGCCAUAGUUUGUAAAACGGUAUUUAUAAACUUUACGAAGUGUUAUUUUUACUGUGAAACCGAUGACAGAGAUUGAGAGAGUGCAAUGGAUGCGAGAGAAAGCGAGUCUGUUCUCUGCGAGUAUAUUGUUACCUAUGUCGAUCAACAAAACUUCCGUGAAACUUUGAAUGUUCACUACCCCUAGCACAAAAAAAAACGCGAAUCAUCGUUAUCGUGUGUAUUUGCAAGCCGUAUGAAUGUAACUGGUAUUGUUACGAGUAUUCUUAUACUACUACUACUAUUACUACUACUACUACCACUACCAUCAUUUUUCUUUCUUGGUUUCGUUUCGUCUAUUCAGACAGAGAAACGCGAUCGUUCUGGUCUCGAGCGACGUUGGAUGUAACAGAAAAGUGAAGGAUCUAGCCGAGAGUGCAUUGACGCAACCAGAUAGGAACUUAUGCUACGGGAUACUUCGUAUUGGAAAUUGCAAAAUUUCCCAAUUCUCUAAUUCUCAAAGUUUUAAAUAUCAGAAUUCCAAAAUUAUUAAAUCUACAGUUCUGGCUCACUCCGAACAAAAGUCCUAAUUUCUAACAAAUGUGUGCGAUGUUGUGGUGGAAACGACCGAAGUUGUAAGCGAUGAAUCGUAAUCGGUAGUAAUAUUCUUUUGCUAAAAAUUCAUUGUUUACCAAGAAAACAAUGGUAUAGCAACGCUUUUCAAUGUGUACGCAACAUCGUCCUCCUCGAAUCAGCACAUCAGUUAUCGGUGUACGAAAGGCUUCCUCGAGGAAAAUGUGUACGCAGGGGAAUAAGAUCUAUUGGCACAUUUACCUGAGAAAAUUUUAUUCCUUGUCGAAUACGAGUGUCUAAUGUAAAGUAAACGUAGUCUGUGGUAAUUGUCAAGUAUUGUAGGUUCUUCUUCCCCUACGUCGUCAUUUUUAUUAGCGAAGACUACCGUGCUUGGCACAGUACAGCUUCGUACAAUGAUGCCUUUCAUUGGUAGACGGAAACGUGUGGUUUGGCUGGUUUCAUUCGUCACUAGUUUGGCUCACUCGGCAAAAUGUAGGCACUUAGAGCCUAAUUUACAGUGAUAGAGUAUACUAGCAUUGAUAAGGAAAGUUCAGUUACUAUCGUUGGGUAAAAAGUUGGUAGAGCGUUGAUUACUAAAGCUGAUCGUUGGUAGGGUAGAAUGGGAUAGUGCUAUGGUAAAGUAAUUCUACUACUAGCCAUCUUCCAUCAUUCCAAUAUACUAAUGCUGUUAUACUUUUACUACCUACUCUACUAAUGUAAUCUAGGGUUAAAAAUAGUCAUUGUAGAAUACAAUGGAAUAACGCCAUGGUAAAAUAAUUCUGUCACUAGUAUACUCGACUAUUUGCUCUAAGAGUCAGACGAGUGAUGGGAGAGCUUCCUUUACAAAUUUUCUACCGAAGCAACGCAUCAUUGUACGCGAUUGUACUCGCAACUUAAGUCGUGAAUUAGAGUUGUUGGUUCGGAAAGCUACUCGUAAAAUGAUUGCCUCUGUUUAACAUGCAGUGCAAUAACACGCGAAAAAAGAAAGAAACAACUAAACAAACAUUUGCUAUUAUUACCUGUGUUGAAUGUAAAAGAAAAUUCGUGAGUGUAAUUAUAAUCGAUUGUUGUGUGUGUGCGCGCGUAUGCGAUCGAAAGAAACAAAUGGAUAACCGAAUUAAAUAACCAUUUUACGUGGCCACGAUUAUACCGAUAUACAUAUACAUACAUUAUAUACAUAUAUAAAUAUAUAUAUACAUAUUGUAUACAUACGCCGAUCGCACAAGUUUUUUUCUUUUUAUUGUACGUACAAUGUGUACCAGGCAUGUGAAUAUGUACAUGUAAAAACUAAAGCGGUGCAAGUAAUUAUUAUUUGUAAAUACUACAAUGGCAGAUUUGUGUGAACAUAUGAGGCAAAUGACGACGUAUCGAUAGAUUAUUGGAGUCGAAUAUUAUAUUUAUUUGUAACCAGGCCGAUGGCUUCUCUUCGAAACAGAAGUUGUCGGGGAAAGGGACCUUUCAUCGCAUGUUCGAACUACUACGUUAAAUUACACAGGCACUUCUAGUGAUACUAAUGCUAGUAAAAAACUUUAUUUACUCGAGAAAAUAAUUGGACAGGUGACUGAUGGAGCACAACAGCCUAGUUUAUAUCGAUAAAGUAUACUAAUGCUACUACACUCAUCUAACAAACGGUAUCUAAUGGUAGAACUACUUUAUUAUAAUAGUAUGCUGCUCUACCAAAGACUUGGUUUAGAUCUACUCUACAUAAGUAGAAUAUACUAGCGCUAAUAGGAAAAGUCCGUUUACUAGAAUACUAAAGCUAGUCAUUGGUGGAAUAACACCGUGGUAAAGUAACUUCGCCAUUAAUUUUCUCCCAAUACUCUAAACGAUCUAGCGCUAAUAUGCUCUAUCAAUAUGAACUAGGCUCUAAUUACUAAGCAGCAUCAAACUAUCAUGAACCACGAGCGAUCCAAUAUCUCGUAGACGAGCGAUGGAUGGUCCCAUCCCCUUACACGUUCCUUUAUCGAAGGAAACCAUCGGUGCUCGUAGAUAUACAUCUAUUAAUACGGAUCGCGCGUACGCGGUAAGAUCGAACAGUUUACGUCUUCGAUCUCGUCGAUCGCGAACGACGAUACGUUUGCAUUUAAAGAUCCCUCGAUAAUCGUCUCGACCAUUUAGCUACUGUGUGUAACGUACGAAACUUAUUUUCAUUUCAUUCGAAUUCGAGCGACUCGUUGGUAAUUUACAAAAGAACGAUCAUCCUCGUUUCUUUGCGAUUACGCUUGUACGACGCGAAUGGAAGUAGUCGACUUGCACGUCGUCCACGAAGUACAAACUAUUGCGUAUCGUGAAAAUUCUUUGUGGACCACGUUGCUGUGUAUGGGAAGUAGAGAGAGAGUAUUGCCUUAAGAAGCGAAAGUCAAAGUAGACCGGACGUGAUCUGAAUCGUCGUGACGAAAUGUAAAACGCUGCUGAUGAUUAUCAGUGAUUAAGAGUUCUGAUCAAGUAGGAAAUACGAUUCUUCUGUCGUUGAAUUUCAUAAUCAUUUCGCGAUCGGAGCAGAUCGCUUUCCGACGAUUCGAGGUAUCGGGAAGGAACGAUAUAGAAGAGUGGAAAUGAAAAUGUUAUAAUAAAUGUGUACAACUACUAGCCAAUGUAUACAUUUAAAGAAGAUUUUAGUAAAAGUAUCGAAUAAAUAUAACAUUAUUUACUAUUCCUAGUAAAUGUAUUCAUUUACAAAACGAUGUAUACAUCGACCAGUAAAUGUACAUACUUAUUAUGAAAAAUAAAUCUCGAUUCGUUACGCGUUUCCGACGAAAAGCCACGAAACGUCUGCUAUUAGAUAAAUAACGUUCGCGUUUAUGUUAAGAAUACAGAGUCAUUUAUUGUGAUCGUCUUAUCGUUACACUGUUAUUCGAUAUAAAAAAGAAUUGUCUUUACACGGUCAGAUUUUAUUGAAACGGACAAUGUAGUUAUAUUAUUAUUACUGUCGUCAUUAUUAUCGUCAUCGUUGUCAUCAUCAUCAUCAUCAUCAUCAUCACCAUCACUAUUACCAUUCUCAUACUCAUUGUCAUUACUGUCGUUAUUAUGAACCUGUUAACCGAGUCAUUUUUCAAGCAGAAAGGAGUCACUUCUCCUUCUCAAAUGUGUAAUAAGAAGCGAAUAAAGUAGAAUCGAUUUAUCUUCUACUCGAUACACGUAUUUUUCUUCGUAAUUAAUGUAUCAUGACGCAAUCAAACGUAACAAUUUGCGUAUCUUGUUCGCUCGAAUGACGAGUUAAUACGUUCUCUGGGUCAUUUCAAUUAACCCUCGAAUGGCACAGGGUUAAUCACGACUCAGACGUAUACAACGGUGCAUUGACGAAAAUUAGUCUCUGAAACCCGUUCAAUCGAUAAUUCGAAUCGAAUAAUAUAUUUUUAACGUAUAUACGACAUUUCCUAUUACGCUCGAGCAUCCUCUUUGAAGACGAUUAAGCACACUCUCCGUUACCGACGAUUCGAAAGCAUUUGUACAGAUACGUUCGUGCGUCCACUGCGAGGAAUCAUUCUCCGAAAGCGUAUACGUGGUUUCAAAGUUUCACGCGAAACAGAGCGCGUUAACACGUCAUCCUCGGUUGACAGGUUAAACGUUGUCAUUAUUAUUGUGAUCAGCGAUUACUUCUGUAAUCAUUGUUAAAAGAGAAAAGCUAUUUCCAGGGAGAAGAAAUUCUGUGCAAUUUAGAUCGAUGUAAUUUAUUUAAACGACUAUUAUUGAAUCGAUGAAUCAGUGAACAGGAUCAAUUGAUAUCACGAUUAACGUUCUAAUAAAUGUCGAUGCGUUUUUCGUACGCAUACGUAGACGCUCA